UAUUUCACAUACUCAGAAGAAUGAAAUGAAUCACUUCUUCCUUCUCUACCAAGCCAGGCCAGCGUUGUCAUCGUUGGCUCCGUCACCCCAUUCUCUCCAUGAAACCUGUCUGCAUCUGCAGCUGCACCACUGCAGCGGCUCAGGAAGCCGCACUGAGCAUGCUCCGUGGAGCCGCAGCUUGUGGAUGGAGCAAAGUGGAGAGAAGGAGAAAAGGAAGGGGAGGAGAACGGAAUGAGCCUGGCGGUGCAGGGAUCUUCCAGCAGCUCCUGAGAAAAGGAGCUGAACGAGAGGAGUUGGGAUUAACACAGAUGGAGCGUGACAUCGGAAUACGAAGGGCUGGAAUCACAGGCUCCCAUUAUCGGGAGGGAGAAGUCGUUUGAUGAGGAGCUCUCUGACGGAGUGGAGAUGUACGCCUUCUAUUCGCUUUUAGUCUACAUCUUCUACACUGUCUUCAGGAAGGAGGAGGACGCCUUGGAUGGAGCCUGUGGAGCUUCCCCAGAUGAGCCAGGACCUGUUUCCAUGGAAACAAGGAGCAGGAGACGAGAUGGCCACGCCUCCAGAACAAAAAAAUCUUGUGCUCGAUUUAGUGAAUCAAGCAGCAGCAGUGACAGUGACGAACUGAGUGAUGAAGAUGAGGACAUUGCCCCAGACAUCCCAGCCUGCACUCCUCUGGCGGCUUUUCUGUCUUUCAAACAGGAGACUGAGAAGAGGAGAGCCUCUCAGGUUCAGCUGGAGGCAACAGGAAAGUUGGCCGAGUCUCCCCUGGUGGCGGUGAUGUCCCACUUGCUAAGCUUUCUGGAGCAGUACUCCCACUUCCAGCAGCUGCAGCAGCAGGCCGACCAGUACCGGGUCCAGCUGAAGAGGCACCGCGUCCAGCACCGCCGUCAGAUGAAGAUUCUGCGGGCUUCCUACCGCCAGCGCAUCAGAGACAAGAACAGCGUCAUCAGCAGCCUGGAGGAGGCCAUCAGUCAGCAGCAGAGUCCCAGCCCCCUGAGCGAGGGCGAGUGCAGUAGUGAUGUGGGGAGUCCAGCUGGUCUCCACCGGCUGGUGGAGUCCCUGUACGGGCUGCAGGGGGAGAGGAGCAAACUGAGGGGAGAGCUGCGUCUGCUGCACUCACAGCUGGAGCAAAAAGAACGAGACAGGCACACCCGCAUACAGGCCUUUCAGCAGCAGAUUGAUGAGCUGAAGAGCUGCAUAGAGGAGCGUGAAGAGGAGCUGUCGAGACUGAGAACAGCCGCUGGAGCCACGGACUCCGAGAAGCGAGUUCUCUGUCUGUCGGCUGAGAACGAGAGCCUGAAGCAGAGCCUGAGCGUCACACAAGGCCUCCUGCAGCAGCUGUCGGCCAUCCCGUCUCAGUCCAACACCAUGCUCAUCAAGGAGAACGAGAACCUCCGUGGCCGAGUUCAGCAGCUGGAGUCAUCCCUGCAGCAGCGGGCCGAGCAGCUCUCGCAGCUGGAGAGGAAGAGCGAACACAGGGAGUGGAGGAGAGGAGAGGAGCUGAGAAAACGGGAGGACAGAGUGAGGGAGCUGGAGCUGGAGCUGAAUAAGGAAAGAGGGAAGGAGCCAGUUGUGAAGUACGUCACGCAGACAGUGGAGGUGGAAUCUCCGGCCACAGUGAAGCAGCUGACCAAAGCCAGACAGAGGAACGAGGUGCUGUCUGAAAGGCUGUCCGGUCAGAAUGAGAGGUGCAGACAGCUGGAGGAACAGAUCAGGAAGUCGGAUGAAUAUAGCUGCAACCUGCAGCACAAGAUUGCAGCUUACGAACGAGAAAUCAGUCACCUGCGAGAGGAGCUGCUGAAGGAGAUCGGCCACUUGGAGGAGAAGAAAGAGGAGGCCGUGAAGGCUGCUGCCAGCUGCUCCGCUGAACACUUUCAGAACCUGCAGGACCAAUUUUUCACUUUGCAGAAGCGUCUAACAGCUCUCCCUCCCACCCUGCGCUCCAUGAAGACAGACUAUGCCAGUCUAAGGAGUCAGGUUCGGAACUUCUCCGAGUUUUACGGUGCGGCGAUCAGUGAAGCCAAAAAGCAGAUCUCAGCGGCUAUCAGCGAGAUGUCUGAAGCCAACAAGGACCUUCUGGAGAAGUACAGGAAGGAAGUGGCCCUGCGCAGGAAGCUCCAUGAGCAGCUGGUGGAGCUGAAAGGCAACAUCCGUGUGCUGUGCCGGGUCAAGCCCGUGCUCAAGGAGGACCAGCACGAGGAAGGUCAGUCUGUUGUCGUGACGACGGACCCCAACAAUGAGUCCUCCCUCACUGUGUUGAGCAAGGGGAAAGGUCGCAGCUUUGAGUUGGACAAGGUCUUCCAGCCACAUGCCACACAGGAAGAGGUCUUUCAGGAGAUCGAACCUCUCGUGACGUCCUGCAUUGAUGGCUACCAUGUCUGCAUAUUUGCAUAUGGACAGACAGGCUCUGGAAAAACCUACACCAUGGAGGGCAGCGUGGAAAACCCAGGAAUCAACCAGCGAGCUCUGAAACAUCUCUUCAGUGAGAUCGAAGAGAGAAAGGACAUGUGGUCCUACACGGUCACAGUUAGCUCUGUGGAGAUUUACAAUGAGGUGCUGAGAGACCUGCUGAGUAAGGAUGGAGAGAAGUUGGACAUAAAGAUCAACCCGGAUGGAACGGGACAGCUGCACGUUCCGGGCCUCAGGGUUGUAGAAGUUAGGAACUUUCAGCACAUUAAGAAGAUUUUAGCCACAGCUCGUAGGAACAGGAUCACUUUUGGCACUCAGAUGAACCAGCACAGCUCACGCUCCCACGCUCUGCUGUGCAUCACCGUCCAGGGUACUGACCUUGCCUCUGGCUCUAAAACCACCGGUAAGAUGAACCUAGUGGACCUGGCCGGCUCCGAGCGGGUCUGGAAGUCCGGAGCCGAAGGGGAGCGGCUGAAGGAGGCCCAGAACAUCAACCGCUCCCUGCUGGCGCUCGGGGACGUCAUUCAGGCUCUUCGGGGUCGGCACACCCACAUCCCCUUCAGGAAUUCUCGCCUUACCUACUUGUUGCAGGACUCCCUGGGCAAAGGCAGCAAGACCGUCAUGGUGGUGCAGGUGUCUGCGCUGGAGAGCAACGUGGGCGAGACGUUAUGCUCUCUGAAGUUCGCUCAGCGGGUUUGUAAAGUGGAGCUGGGUCCUGCAGCCAGGAAGAUCGAAUCUGGCGGAGGCCAGUGUGACUGACGGCCUUGAAUCCGCCACAGAGUCCUACAGUAUUAAAGCACCUGGCAAAAAGUAUUCACACUCCGUGAAUUUUUCCUCAUUAUGUAAUGUUACAGCAUUUACUGUAUUUUAUUUUGGUUUUAUUUGAUAAGAUCAGCAUAGGGUUGUGCAUAAUUGUGAAGUGAGUCUGUAAAAGAUGCACAUUUUGCAACUGUGCUGCAUGGAUGUGAUCUUUAACCUCCUACAGGAAAUACUUUACAGAACCAGUUCUGCUUUGACUACACCAGCGAGGCUUUGGGGUACGUCGAAAGACGAUUCUCCCUCGCAAAAUAUGUCAGGCUCAGUCUUUGCAGCAGCUCUGAACAUCAAUUUUCAAGUUUUGCCACAGAUUUUUAGGAAUUCUCAUUGACAAGGCCAUUUUAGCACGAUUAUGGUUUAAUCUAUACAUAGCAUUGUCUUUAAGCCCCUGCUGUGCAGCUAAUGCUGUCUUUGCAUUGUGAACAGCAAUGUCUUGGAAGAUCUUUACAUAUUUAUAACCUACUCCUGCUUUAAUCAUCUCUUCAAACUCAUCCUUUGAGAUCUCUUAUUGUUUUCACUGCAUACACUGUAAACUGAGAUUAAAUUACUCUGGUAGACUGAAUUUAAUAAUUAUGUGACGUCUGAAGGAGCUUGGCAACGUUAGAUGUUAAGAGUACGAGAGUAAAGUAGUCGAAGACAAAUGCGUGACGUAUUUAAAACAUAUUGAAACCCGAGUCUUAAUUUUCUGCUCCUUCAAAAUGAUGCACUACCUUGUGUUUGUCUAUCACAUAAAACCCCAAUAAACAAUGAACAUUUUUGCAGUUCCAAUGUGGAAAAGCUUAUAAGGAGUAUGAAUACUUUGCAGGCAGUCUCACCAUUAUCCCACCAGCUACUUUCAAGUAUCAACAAGAUCAGCUGCAAACCUGAUUAAGGGCUAAAUCUGUGGAGGUCUGCAGUUUUGAGGUCAAGUUUUGUUCCUCUCCGCCAUAUUCAGUAAAAAACCCUUUAUCAUUAGUUGACCUGCAUGCAGUCAGGAAUAUUUAUUCUGCCUCUCUCUCUCUCUCGGCUGGAAAACCCGAUGCUUCCUUGAAAUGCUGUUUAUUUUUAUUGUAUAGGAGAAUCUGGGAUUAAUCACAACCUCGGUGAUCGUCACACUGUUUAGUGCCGUGUCAUGGUACACCUCGAUUCAGUCACAAUAUCAGCACUUUAGUUUGUGCACCCUUUGCCACCCACCUUGCCGUAGAUGUCUGUAGACCGUGUCAUUGCUGAUGUAACAUAUUUUGAAGCUGUAGUGUGUAGGAACAGCUACAUUAUGAGCUGCAGGUACAUUUAAGCCCCACGUUUGUGUCGUUUCUGUGAAAAAUUCAAAAAGCCGUGGCUGAAAGCUUAGAUUCGCCUUGAUCAUUUGCCUUUACAGAUGUGAACAGAGGUUGUUUUGAGGGGAGCUGGUGGCCUUGUCUGGAAUGAACUGAACUGUGCAAUAACUCCCGACGCAGGUGGAGUGGGCCCCGAGAUAGAAGAUGCACUUUAUUGCGAAAGAGCAGCGUUUCAGUUCGGCUUGCAACGGAGGUCACUGGUGAAUGUUUCACAAAAUACUGCAAGCUUAUUUAUUGCUCAUAUGUGUUAAUCGGUUUUUAAUCCACCGAAUCGAAAUGUGCUUUUGAUUCUAAUGUAGCAAAACAUGUAGCAGUUCCUGUCAGGAGGUAUUUCAGUGGUAGAGAGUGAAUCUUCAGGUAAUUUUCUGAAUAAAUGUGUACAGUAAUUAAAAUGUGUCUCAGUGUGUUCAGAAAUGAGUGAUUAGUAAAAAAUGUAGCAAAACUCC